AUGCAAGGACCGGUUGCUGGUCGGCGUAGUGGUAAAACACCCGUUCCCGCGGCUUUUGGAUUAGACCAGUCUUCGGGUGCGCAGGUAAAGCCAACCGGCACCUUCGAAAGCGAUGUCUUCGGGUUGGACGAUGUCCCGGAAUUUCCCAUCCCGGCGGACAAUCCAGUGCGUAGAGGUGGUCCGACACGUUCGAUUAGCGAAUCAACCGCUUUGGUGGAUGGGUUGGCUCGCUCAUCCCACCAACCUGAAGGGGCCAUUCCAUCUUUUUUACUACACACGGACGAUCUUAACGAUACUUCAAGGGGCAUUGAGGCGGGGUUGUGGGGGGCAACUGCGGGCCCUGCACACGGGGUUUCUACCGGGCCUUCCUCCCACGCAGUCACCUCUAGAGAGCCCCGCAAGUCGAACCUCCCGGGCUUUUUAAAUGAUUUUAGCGCAGAUGAUAGUGGACGGCCGAUGGCAGAGCUUUCACGCAACGUCAAUUUUGGAGAGGAUGAUGCGGUGCGGCAAGCCUCUUUACGGAAGCAGCGGCAAGACCUUCAGACAGAAUUGAAGGAGGUCAAUGAAGCUCUUCGCGCUUCCCAAGCAAACAUGGAUUCUAUCAACAAUGGAACCCACCACCUAUGCCUUGAGGUGGAUGCCUUAGGGAAAGAGAAGCAAAGCCUUCUCCAGAAACAGGAUUCGUUAAGCAAAAAUAGGAGCGAGGUCGAAGCGAAUACACAAGCGGUGCAGGACAAGCUCAAUCAGGAGAGGGCGAUCGAAGUCCAGGCGAGUUUAGACGAAUUUUCCAAGCAGCAGCACCAUGCGUACCAUGAGGAACUGACGUGCCUUCAGAAAGAGUUCUCAGAGCAUGAAGAGCGGCUUCAGCGCACCAGGCACAACCUUGACGAGAUGAAAACUCAUCUGCUGUCCUCACCACACGAGACCGCCAUUCAGCAGCUUGAGGGUGCCCUUCAGCACGUGAUGGACGGCGUCAAAUCUGAGUUCGCGUGUUGCCUUAAGCCGUUAUUGCGUGAGUGCAUUGCGAGCAAUAUCACCUCCGCCAAUCAGCAGCGACGUGAGAUCUUCCGCAAGGACCGCGACGAUCGCGAGGGGGCCCUCCGGAUCUACCGCGACCGUCAGGCUCAUCGCUUUAGGGAGUUUCACGACGGGUAUCGCGCGCAGCUACGGCGGCACCGCGAUACCGCAUUCGCGGAACUUCGUCAGCAAUGGGAAAACGAUCAAACCACGCGAGGUCUCGAAAGUCAACGAAGGCUAGCCGCGCAUCGUGUGGAGAUUGAGGCCCAAACCCAACGCGUACGCCAGGUGGCUGAGGAAAACAUCAUGAUGCUGCGUGGACAGGGGCAGCGUAGCGUUGACGCCCUCCAAGAAACCUAUCGAGCGAAGGAGGCGCAGCUUGAGAAGUCUCUGGAAAGGGAUCUUCGGAACUUUUUAGAACGGGCAGAGGCUGAGAAGCACUCGAUGAUCAGCGGGCGCCAGUUAAUUCGUUCCUCGUCCGAAAACGUCCAUUUUAUCGCAAAUCGAUCUGUGAAUUCAGACCUCGCAUCAUCGGCUUUUGAUGAGUUGAAAUCCUUUUUGGAUCGGAUUCGUUCCCAGGUCGAUCAAAUACGAUUUUCCGCACUUACUGAGGUUCACAUGCUCAAGGUUUCUUCCACCGAGCGGCGUUCUCGUGAUCUGGUGGGACUGAAUGGGUGGGAUAAGUCGCUCGAUUCGGACGCAACGUGCGCUUUUGAACAGCAACUUAACCAUCAUCAGAACAAGGUGAGACCCUUGUUGAUGAAAGUACACAGCACAAUCGCCUCAAUGCAGCAUGCCCUUAACUCAUUUCACUCGACCCUACAGGCUAAACAACUUCAGUUAGGCACCCUACACAACGAGGUUGUUUCCACGAGGCGAGCUUGGGAUGAGGAUAUCGAAGGACAUCUCUCGGGCUUUUUUCUUUCCGGCGGCAAUCGCGAUCGGGAGCAGUCGGAUUUACCAUUUGCCGAGGAUUUGGUUCGUGAGGUCUUAUUAGAUCUCCAAGCAAAGCUUGAGGGUUUUAUGGAGCGGCAGGGUCAACUGAAAUAUGCGCGGCAGGAGCACGUGGAAAAGUUAGCCGCGCAGCUUACACAAGUUCAAGAACAAAAAAAUGAUAACAGCGCUGCACUGUGCUCCGUCUUUGAACUUUAUGACAAGCUCAGUCAGACUUCUGGUACUGUAGAAGUGCGUCGUCGUCUGAUGGAAGUCUCCAAAACCGAUCUGAAAAAAGCACGACAGCAAUUGGAAAAAGGACACUUGGAGCUCAGCAAAAAGUUUAAGCAACUGGAAGGCUUUGCUCAUAGACUUCACAAGCAGUCUAAGAUGCUCCAAGCUAUCGGACAGGGCGCUGGCUUACAUCCAAAAUGUCUUGCUAGAAAGAGUCCUAUAGAUCUAAAGAGGCCGUUAUUGACUUGUUCUGGAUCACAGCACACGAACCUGCCACCGAAAUCGACCUUUUCCGGUCCGUUUGAAAACAGGGAGGAAAAUACUUGCAGUAUCUCAUCGAUGGAUUUGUUUACACCUUUGUGUAUCCAUAAAAUGCCAUCCAGCUAG